CGCGCUCAUUGCGGAGGGGAACCUGGAUUAUCGAACCGUCCAAACACAGGUUUAUCAUAAGCUUGUCGCAACCAUAGAGAUAAAACUACAAUAUCUACAAGAGCUAUUAACCGGGUGGAAUACUUGAGAAUCAGCUGCAUUUGUAGAGCCAGGUUUCUAAGUCCGUCAUCGUCAGCACCCCUUAGUAAUGGAACAGUCCAUUUACCUCGAAGAGCCGGCGUGUGCAAGAUUGACACGGCGCACUGGAAGGCUGCGGGAUUGAGUUUCUGGGACUUUAGCGACUGCUCUUCUCAAGAGACUUCUAGAGCUGAGGAAUUUCUAUCAGAUCUCCCCUCAGAACUCCAAACGGAAACGGUUGAGACAACUGGCUCAGCGUCCUCCGUGUCACAAUGAUGACUUGUCAGGUGGUUAAUAAUCAUGAUAAUGCAUUUCCGGUUACUAGGCUGCCGAGGCCCGCAGAACCUGCCCUGACCUCUCCUGUGUCCUAAGCGCCGCUUCCUGAAGGCCGAGUAAAUGACUGGGACGCACCGUCAGCGUGGUAUGAGCAUUCUCCAGGGAAAGGAUGAUGUAUUUUUGGACCUGAAGCAGAAAUUCUGGAAUACGUAUAAGAGUGGUCUGAUGUACUGGCCUUUUGUACAGCUGAUCAACUUCAGCCUCAUCCCUGUUCACUGGAGGACAGCUUACACAGGACUCUGUGGUUUCCUCUGGGCCACCUUCCUGUGCUUUUCACAGCAGUGUGGUGACGGCACAUUAAAGUCAGUGUUCAUCAUCCUUCGAGGAAAGGAGGCUGGGGCAGAUGACAGGCCCCCAGAGAAGUGAGGGGUCCGGGAUUCCCUUCCCAGGAUUCAGUUUUGUUCCUCCAUUGCUCUCCAUCACCUGCAGUGGGGCUGCCUCACUGACCAGUUAUUAUAGACUCCAUUGUGAAAAAUUACUAUUCCAUUAGGCCUGCUUGUUUUUAAAUGAUCAAUAAUUAUUUUAACUUUUGGUCAAACCUUUCCUUUUUGUUCUAGUCUGAAAGUCUUAUUGCUCUAAUGCUUUUACUUCUCUAAUGCUUUGGUGAAAAAUGACGACAGUAAUGGGACAACAUUUUAAAAUUACUAAUAUUUCUAUUCUGGUAUUUUUAAGGCCAGUUGAAUUCAAGAACCCCAGUUUUGAUUGUUUACAUUUCCAGUCUAAAAUCUCAGGUUAUUUCCUACAUACUUUUGGAUCAAAUUAUGUUUUAUACCACUAAUUGUUCAUACAGUAAGUUUCUAUCUCUAUAGAAUUCAGUCAAGAAGACAAUAAUCAAAUCCCCCCAAAUUCUCUAUAAUAAUUUAUUAUGCUGACACUAAAAUUCUGUAAGUGUUUGAUGUCUUCUAUAUAGAAUAUUUUAUUGAUACCUUUUUUUUUUUUUUUUUUUGAGAUAGGGUCUCACUAGGUGUAGCUCAGUCUGCCAUGGACUGUGUAACCCAGGCUGGCCUUGAACUCACCAUAAUCCUGCCUCAGCCUCUCAAGUGCUGGGAUUACAGACAUAAGCCUCCAUGCCUGACCUUGUGUGUGUGGGUGGUACUAGAGAUGGAACCCAGGGCUUUGCACAUACUAGACAAAUGCUCUGCUACUGACUAUAUCUGCAGACCACUGAUGCUGUAUAUAUAUUUUAAAAUUCAGUUCUUUGAAAGAAAUCUUUGUACUUUAAAGUAGACUCAAGAAACUUGAGCCAGUCUUUCACAUUUAUUCAGUUUGUCCAACCUCAGUGCCAGCCAUCAGCACAUUAAGAAUGACGUGAAUAAUCAGGCAUGGUGAUAUCUGCCUGUAGUCCCAACUACUUGGAAGACUGAGGGAGGAAGAUCACUUGAGCCUAGGAGUUCAGUACUGGCCUGGGGAAAAUAGCAAGCAAGUCCCUGUCUCAAGACCAAUAAAUAAAUAAAUAAAUAAAUAAAUAAAUAAAUAAAUAAAUAAAUAAAUAAAUAAAGCUUAAAAAUGUGAGCAUCUCAAAUUUCCACAAAUCUCACCUAAGAAUUGCCCCACAAUUCUCUUGCUUCCACUAGCAUUCCUGACAAAAUUCAAAACACGAAACACUGAACUCUUCAUUUAUCAUAAGAAUUUCUAUUUAAGGUCAACUUAAGAAUGUUUUCUGAAUUUUUUUUGUGUUUUUGGUCUUUUUUGAGACAGGGUCUUACAGCUGUAGCCCCAGCUGGCCUGGAGCUUGAGAUGUAGAUCAGGCUGGCCUUGAACUCACAGAGAUCCUUCUGCUUCUGCCUCCUGAGUGCUGGGAGUAAAGGCCUGACUGUGUCCUGAAAAUUUUAAGCAAGUAAUUUAUAUGAUUUGUAAUAUGUUUAUAUGUCAUAAACUUGUAAUUUAUUGGAAUGUAGUAGAUAUUAAUAUAUUUUACAUUAGGACAAUAGUAAGAGCAUUUCUUGAUGAAUGGGUUCUACAACUAUUUUGCUUUCUUUUAAAAAUAGUUAAUAUAUGGGCAGUCUUGAUGGAGGGGAUAAAGUGCUUGCUGCACCAGUGUGAGGACUGGAGUUUUGAUCCCUAGAACCCAUGUAAAAAGUUGGGUUGGUGACCUGCUUGUAAUACCAGUACUGGGAAGGUAGGCAGGGAAUCCCUGGGGCAACCUGGCUUUAGUUAGAGUAACUAAAUCAAAUCAGUGAGCUCAGGGUUCCGUGAGAAAAACUGAGUCAGUAAAUAGAGUGGAGAGUAAUCAGGGGGAAAAGCAGAACUUCAUCCUCUGGCCUCCACCUGCAUACCCACACACAUCUGAACAUGCAUACACACAUACGUGCAUACCCCUCACACACAAAGAAAAAAGAUGGAGCAUAAGUGAUGAGGCACUUGGCCUCUGGCUUCAACACACAUGUAUAUAGGUGUACACACACGUACCUGCACACAAGUGUGUAAAUACACAUAUACUGCACAUACACAAAGUAUUGAGGGGUUGGUGAUAUAGUUCAGUGGCAGAGUCCUUGCUCAGUAUGACUACUGCCUUGAGGCUAAUCAAAGAAGGAAGGGAAGGAGGAAAGAAAAAAGAAGGGAGGGAGGGAGAAAGGAAGGAAGGAAGAAUGGAAGGACUAACAAUAUUCUCUGACCAUUCCUCAACUUUGUAAAACAUAGCAGCUUCUGUCCAGUGUCCCUGUAAUUGAAAACCACGCAUAAUUUGUACCUUAUCAGUCAUUUUCAUUUGUACAAAAAUUAAAAAUGUACUCUCUUUUAUCUGUAUCAUAUUGUGGUAAGAAUUAAACAAUUUGAAAGCUGGCAUAAAAUAGUUUAAGAACCAA